AUGGGAUUUGAGGCAGCCAUUGUUUCUAAUGAUCGCUCAGAAACUAACCAUGGGUGUGGGAGAAAUUGCUUGGGACCAUGUUGCUUUCCUGGAGCGCGAGUGCCUCUUUACUUGUAUGGUGAGGCACAGUGUAUGGAUACCAAGGGGGAAACUAUAGACUUCCUACACUCAUUUAUUCUUGCUCCGUGGAUGGAGAAGCAAAAACAGGGACUCUUCCGCUACGAUGUUACCUCAUGCGAGACAAAGAUUCUUUCGGGAGAUUGUGGUUUUAUUGCCCAACUCAACGAAGGCAGGCAUUCAAAAAAGCGUCCCACUGAGUUUAAAAUGGAUCAAGUUUUGCAAGAUUUUGAUCCCAGUAAAUUCAACUUUACUAAAGUUGGCCAAGAAGAAGUUCUCUUCUGUUUUGAUCCAGAAAAUUCACCAUUUGCAACUAGCUCAAACAUGGUGAUUAUUAAUGUGAGUCCAAUAGAGUUUGGACAUAUAUUAUUGAUUCCAAGGUUACUUAAUUGUCUCCCACAACGUUUAGAAGUCAACACAUUUAUUAUAGCUCUUCAAAUGGCUAAACAAGCAAAUAAUAUAUACUUCAGACUUGGAUUUAAUAGUUUGGGAGCAUUUGCUACAAUUAACCAUCUCCAUUUUCAGGCUUAUUAUUUGGAAUAUAUAUUUCCAGUAGAGAAGGCAUCGAAAAAACUACUUGUGAAUAAUGUGAAAGGUUUUAAUAUUUACAAAUUGGAAAAUUAUCCCGUAAGAGGCAUUAUUUAUGAACUUGGAUCAAGUAAUUUUCAAGAAUUAUCAUAUCAAAUUGUUACAGUAUGCAAUAUUCUUGAAGAGCAAAAUAUUCCAUACAAUAUUCUUAUUGCUGAUAAAGGAUCACAAAUUUACUUAUUCCCACAGUGUUUUGCUGAGAGACAAGUUCGUGGUGAAGUUGAGGCCGAAAUUUUGGAAACACAAGUCAACCCUGCUGUUUGGGAGAUAAGCGGUCACAUAGUUCUCAAACGCAAGCAAGAUUUCGAAAAUGCCACCCAAGAAUAUGCAUGGAAACUGCUUGCUGAAGUUUCACUAAACGAUAAAGCCUUCAACAAAAUCAUAAACCUUGUAACAAAUGAUAAAUAUUACUCCAAAAUGUAA